AUGUCUUCCUCCUCCUCCACCACCACCACCAACCAAAACCUCCGCAUCCGCGACCUAGGCUACUCCCCCGGCAUCCACUCCCCAGGCCCCUCCAACUCCAUCCUCGAUGUCCCCGGCGUUCACGUCUCCCAAAUUACGGUCCCGACCUCCAACAACCUCCCCUCAUGGUCCUCCGCCGUCAAAGGCGCCACGAUCAUCACCCCACGACCCCCAAAGGAGUUCUACAAGCCCUGCGCGGCGGGGAUUUUCACGUUCAACGGCAAUGGGGAGAUGACGGGGGCGAAUCAGAUAAGGGAUUGGGGGUUUGUUAAUAUGCCGAUUGCUUUUACGAAUAGUCUCUCCUGCGGCAGCCUCUUCAACGGCAUCUGGGACUGGGUGCUCGAUCAGCAGGACGCGAUGAAGUGGAGUCCGUUGGAUAAGGCUCGUCAUUAUGGGACUCCUGUCGUGGGCGAGACGUCGGAUUGGCUGGUUAAUAGUGUCAUUCGGGAGAGUCGGCUCAGCGAGGCGGAUAUCAGGAAAUGUUUUGAGGGGUUGAAGAGUAGGGAGGAUGGGGAGCCGUGCAGGAGGCACCACCACGCCGGCGGUACAGGCACCUCCUCGCGCCUCGUCGGGGGCGGCGAAGGCAGCGCGCGAGCCUACACCCUCGGCGUCCUGGUGCAGACCAACUACGGCCACCUGAUCGACCUCACCGUCGGCGGCAUCCCCGUGGGCAAAAUCCUCCUCAAAGAACGCCAGACCGCCUCAGCGACCACAACAGACCAAGGCACAGACGUGCACGCCCCUGAGCCGGCGAAGCGCUGGGAAGAUAUGGGCGGCCGCACGCAAGACGGCUCCAUCGUCAUCCUCGUCGUCACCGACGCCCCCCUCGCCACACACCAACUACAGCGCCUUGCGCGGCACGUCACCGUCGGCCUCGGGCAGGUCGGCAGCUACGGCAUCGGCCGCACGCACUCGGGGGAUAUCUUCGUCGCCAUCUCGACGGCGGAGCAAGGGCCUGAGCAGUUGGAGGGGACGAAGAUGAAGCAUAUGAACCCGACGCAGACGUAUACGAACGAGGUGGUCAAGAACGAGAGUAUUGAUCCUUUCUUUUAUGCGUGUGCUGAGGCGGUCGAGGAGGCGAUUUUGAAUAGUCUUGUUGGGGGACGGGAGGGGGUUGUGGGUAUGGAUGAGAAGACGAGGGUGGAGGGGUUUCCUGUUGAGAAGGUUAGGGAGAUUUUGGAGAGGUAUCUUGUUCAGGUUUGA